AAAACUUCAAUUAAAUCAACACCAUCAUCUUCUUCUUCUUCUUGAAUUUAAUCUCCUCCUCCUCGUUGACUUCAUUACAAUGGCUUCUAAUCUUUACUUCACCUUGAUUUUCAUCUUAUUUACCACCUUACCCUCCUCCUCCUCCUCCUCCUCUCUCCUCUCCUCUCCAAGUAUCAAUCCUCCUAGGGCUAUUUCCGAUUUGAAGGAAGCAAUUGUGAAGGGACUCGGGUUUCAAGCAGAUGAUUUUAAGAUAACAGGGUUUGAUAUCAGAGAUGCAUUGGUAGGACAUGCGGUGGCAUAUGAAUUUGAUCUAGAGGUAGAUAACCAGGUGCUUCCUUUUAAGUUAUUAGAGGAUGUAAAUAGAUGGGAGUAUGUGGAUUUGCCUAUUUUUAGAGUUGAAGAAGAAGAAGGAUCGGUUAGGGUCGGUGAUGAAAAUAUGUUAGUUGAGAAGAAGGGGAAAUCAGAUAAUGGAUUGCCUGUUUUAGCUCCAUUUCAGCUUGCUGGACCUAUGGAGAUCUGGGUUCAAGAUGCCAAGAAUAUGCGCAUUUCAUUGCCGCAUGAUGUAGAUGCUGGUGUCUUGAAGAAAGUUAUAUUGGCAGAUGGUGCUGCAGUUACAGUCAAGGGUGCCAGAUCUGUUAGCCUACGCCACCCAAUUGAUCUUCCAUUGCCCUUUAAUAGAACUCAAAAUGGUUUUGCCUCUGGUCUUCUGGCCCUUGCUGAGCAGCUCCGCCGUGCUUCUCGCACUGAAGGAGCUCCACUCCUAUCUCUCCGCAUUGUUGGCCCCACUUCCCUCACUUCUCCGUCAUCGUCGUCCUCGUCCAAUAACAGGCUCAAGCUAAGACGCCUUGCUCCAGGUCUUGUGGAGUUAUCCUCACCUGCAAAAUCCCAGGCCGUUGAUGCUCUUACUCCUAUUGAGUUGCAAGAAGCCGCAACUGUAUUAACUCCCAAACAUUUCACUACAAUGUGGCCUCUCACUUCUCUAAAUGGCUCAAAUGCAAAUUUGCUUGGUUUCGAAAAAUUGCUAGCUUCUGUGUUGGGUCCUAAGGCAAACGACAAAGGUUUCUUCAAGUUGUUGAAGGCAGAUGUGUCAACUCAGACAUUUGUGAAGAUAGGAUUUGAGGUUGAGAAGAAGUUGAAGGAAGGAGAUAGCUUUGAUUUUCAGGGCUAUCCUGCAUGGAGGACAAAGCCCGAGUCGGUCAGGAUGCAUUUCGAGGUAUUGGGUAAAGUUGAUGGUGAGAAGGUAAUACCAGAGAAGGUGAUGCAGGUUAACCCUGUGAUUAUUGAAGAUACCGUGGAAGCUAAUGUUCUUAUGGGUAAUGUGACAAUGUCCAAGAUCCCUAUUUUUCACCCUCCCUCAAACCCCUUCACCUUGUAAAUCGUUACAGGAGUUUAAUUUUGUCCAAGUUUCUGGAGAGUGUAAAUCUUCCUUCUUCUUUAAAAAAAAAACACUUUUUUCCCUAGCUUAAGUAUGAGAAGUUAAAAAGAAGAUAUAAAUUGUACAAAAGUUGUGUAUAUAAAAUAUAAAGAAAUUCUAAUA